CCGCGGGAGGCGGGCUGGGGUCGCGCCGCGGCGUUCCCCGCCGGCCUGAAGGAGGACGCGGGGCGCUCGGUGGGCCCCAGCCAUGGGGUGUUGCGACGCGCGGGGGCUGCUCUGGAGAUUCGGCCUCUUCCUCCCCCUGCUGACGGCGCGCCCCGCAGCCGGCGGACACGGCGCCUCCAACCAAGUUGUGCUGCUUGAUACUACAGCUGUCCUUGGAGAAUUAGGAUGGAAAACAUUUCCUUUAAAUGGGUGGGAUGCCAUUACUGAAAUGGAUGAACACAAUCAUCCCAUUCAUACGUACCAGGUGUGCAAUGUGAUGGAACCAAACCAAAACAACUGGCUUCGAACAAACUGGAUUUCCCGUGAUGCUGCACAGAAAAUCUAUGUGGAAAUGAAGUUUACCCUGAGGGACUGCAACAGCAUUCCGUGGGUAGUGGGAACCUGCAAGGAAACUUUUAAUCUCUACUACAUGGAAUCAGAUGAGUCUCAUGGAUUAAAAUUCAAGCCAAACCAGUACACUAAAAUUGAUACUAUUGCGGCUGAUGAGAGCUUUACUCAGAUGGACUUGGGUGAUCGCAUUCUUAAACUCAACACAGAAGUUCGUGAGGUUGGGCCAAUAAACAAGAAAGGCUUUUAUCUUGCAUUUCAGGACAUUGGAGCAUGUAUUGCUUUGGUCUCAGUCCGUGUUUAUUACAAGAAGUGCCCUUUCACAGUCCGUAACUUGGCCAUGUUUCCUGAUACUAUUCCAAGGGUUGAUUCUUCCUCUUUGGUGGAAGUGCGGGGCUCCUGUGUGAAGAGUGCUGAGGAACGUGAUACUCCAAAAUUGUAUUGUGGAGCAGAUGGGGAUUGGCUUGUGCCUCUUGGACGAUGUAUCUGCAGCGUAGGAUAUGAAGAAGUGGAUGGUUCCUGUCACGCUUGCAGGCCUGGAUUCUAUAAAGCAUUUGCUGGAAAUGUAAAGUGCUCCAAGUGCCCUCCACACAGUUCAACCUAUGUUGAAGCUACUUCAGUAUGUCAGUGUGAAAAAGGUUACUUCAGAGCUGAGAAAGAUCCACCAACUAUGGCAUGUACCCGGCCACCUUCUGCUCCCAGGAAUGUGAUUUUUAACAUUAACGAAACAGCUCUCAUGUUGGAAUGGAGCCCACCAAGCGAUACCGGAGGAAGAAAAGAUCUCACUUACAGUGUCAUCUGUAAGAAAUGUGGGUCAGAUGCCAGCCAGUGUGAAAUAUGUGGGGGAGGAAUCCGCUUCAUUCCCAGGCACACAGGUCUCAUCAACUCCUCUGUGACGGUGCUGGACUUCGUGUCACAUGUGAACUACACCUUUGAAAUCGAGGCCACGAAUGGCGUCUCGGAGUUGAGUUUCUCUCCCAAGCAGUUCACAGCUAUCACAGUUACCACAGACCAAGAUGCACCCUCCUUGAUAGGUAUGGUAAGGAAGGACUGGGCUUCCCAAAACAGCAUUGCCCUCUCCUGGCAAGAGCCGGACUUUCCCCAUGGAGCCAUUCUGGACUACGAGAUCAAGUACUAUGAGAAAGUCUACCCACGGAUAGCGCCGGCAUUUUGGCACUACCUGCGGGUAGAAGAGCAUGAGCAGCUCAGCUAUUCCUCCACAAGGUCCAAGGCUCCAAGUGUUAUCAUCACAGGUCUCAAGCCAGCCACCAAGUAUAUAUUUCAUAUCAGAGUCAGGACGGCAGCAGGAUACAGCGGCUAUAGCCAGAAGUUUGAAUUUGAAACUGGAGAUGAAAGUAACCCUUUUAAGCUUGCUGUUCCAUUGCCUGCUCCUUUUCCCACAUACCCUCUGAGACUGGAGACCAUCAGCUCACAGGAACUGCAGCGCUUCUGGAAAGCUUCUGAUAUGGCUGCAGAGCAGGGACAGAUUCUCGUGAUUGCCACUGCUGCUGUUGGUGGAUUCACUCUCCUGGUCAUCCUCACUUUGUUCUUCCUGAUCACUGGGAGAUGCCAGUGGUACAUAAAGGCCAAAAUGAAAUCUGAAGAGAAAAGAAGGGCUCAUUUGCAAAAUGGAAAUUUACGUUUCCCAGGAAUCAAAACAUAUAUUGAUCCAGACACAUAUGAAGACCCAUCCCUUGCUGUCCAUGAAUUUGCAAAGGAGAUAGAUCCUUCAAGAAUUCGUAUUGAGAGAGUUAUUGGGGCAGGUGAAUUUGGGGAAGUAUGCAGUGGACGUCUGAAGACACCAGGAAAAAGAGAGAUACCUGUUGCAAUUAAAACUCUGAAAGGUGGUUAUAUGGACAGGCAAAGAAGAGAUUUCCUGAGAGAAGCUAGUAUAAUGGGUCAGUUUGAUCACCCAAAUAUAAUUCGUCUUGAAGGAGUUGUUACAAAAAGAUCCUUUCCGACCAUUGGGGUGAAGUCUCUUUCGAGAUUCCUGAGGGCGGGAUUUUUAAAUAGCAUCCUGACCUCACAUCCAGUCUCAGGGGGUGGAUCUUUACCCCCCAGCAUUUCCUCUGGCAGACCAGUAAUGAUUGUAGUUGAAUACAUGGAGAAUGGAUCCCUUGACUCCUUUCUGCGGAAACACGAUGGCCACUUCACAGUCAUCCAGCUGGUGGGCAUGCUGCGGGGAAUUGCAUCUGGCAUGAAGUACCUCUCAGACAUGGGCUAUGUACACCGUGAUCUGGCAGCCCGUAACAUUUUGGUCAACGGCAACCUCAUGUGUAAAGUCUCCGACUUCGGUUUGUCACGGGUGUUGGAGGAUGAUCCUGAAGCUGCUUAUACAACAAGUGGUGGAAAAAUUCCCAUCCGGUGGACUGCUCCUGAAGCUAUAGCUUACCGCAAGUUCUCUUCAGCAAGCGAUGCGUGGAGCUACGGGAUUGUAAUGUGGGAAGUGAUGUCCUACGGUGAGAGACCAUACUGGGAGAUGUCCAACCAGGAUGUUAUACUGUCUAUUGAAGAAGGUUACAGGCUACCAGCUCCUAUGGGCUGCCCAGCUUCUCUUCACCAGCUCAUGCUUCACUGUUGGCAAAAGGAGAGGAACCACCGUCCAAAAUUUAGUGAUAUUGUCAGCUUCCUGGACAAACUGAUCCGCAAUCCAAGCACUCUUCAUACCCUAGUGGAGGACGUACUUGUAAUGCCAGAUUCACCUGGUGAAGUCCCAGAAUUUCCUUUGUUUGUUUCAGUUAGUGACUGGCUGGACUCCAUAAAAAUGGGUCAAUACAAAAGCAACUUCAUGGCAGCAGGUUUCACAACUCUGGAUAUGGUUUCAAGAAUGAGUAUUGAUGACAUUAGAAGAAUUGGAGUUGUACUCAUUGGACACCAGAGACGAAUAGUCAGCAGUUUACAGACUUUGCGGUUACACAUGAUGCACAUACAGGAGAAAGGAUUUCAUGUAUGAAAGUACUAGAAUCAACUGUGUUUUGUGCCUCAGCAUUUCUAAAACGAAAAAUAUUCUCAUUCUUCCCUUCUGCUUUUCUCAACUUCAAGAACUGCAGUCUCCUGGUUAGACUCCAAAAGUACUUCUACGUUAAUGCUUCCAAACUGGAAUUUUUAAUCACACUGCAUAGUUCCUCUGUCAGUUAUCUGCCAAUAAAAUCCUGACCUACUGCAAGACUUGCUACACAUUGAUGAAUAAUAACUCAGCAACUCAGCAUGGAUGUGUAACUUUGUAUAACAGUACUUGGGAAACUUUCACAAACUUACUGGAAAGUAGUAAUCCGUUUGGCCUGGUGUGGCUUCUUUAUCGAUGUAUUUAGAGUUUGCUGGUAGAUCAAAACGUAUUUGACUUCUUUCAUGUUCUGUGACCAUGUAACUUCCAAUACCAAAUGUGCAAUCAAGAAGUUUCACAUAAAUAUUUAUUUUAUCUUCUAAUUAAAUCAAAAUGUAUGGGUCCUAUGGUUAUAUUACUUUAUAAUAGUUUAAAUGCUGGUAAGCCGGUGCCUCAAAAUGUGAACAUUGUUUGCAAAAAUGACUGAUGAUUUUAUGUAGUGAAUUUUCAUUGUGUUGGAACUGGGAGGAUAGUGAGAAAUCUGGCUGAAGUCUUCAGGUCCUUGAUUCUGAAUUAUGUUAGCACUCGACACUUUUUAUGCUCUAAAUUUUAGGUAAGGUCAAAAUAUUUAUUCAGCCCUAGAUUUUUUAUUUUAUUUUAUUUCUAAUAGUCAGCAUUUGCCUCUAUUCCAUGGUAAAUUGUCACCGGAAGACUGGAUGUAAUGUUUCCAUAACUACAUGUAAAACAUGGUUGUCUGCUAUACUGUGGUCACAUAGACUUCAAAAAGUUUUCUGUUCCAAAAAUGUAGGCCUCCACAAGUUGAACUGUCAUUUCCACCAGUGGUAGUAGAUUUAGAGGGUCAAUCAUCAGUGGGGUGCUGGAGCAGAUCGGCCGUAGCAUCAUCCAAUUGAAGAUAAUGGUACAGCCACAAACUAAUGCUGGAAGUUACGCUCUGUGGUGUUCAGUUUUAUUAUACGUAGGCAGAAAAGGAGACAUAGGACAGCAGUGUAUUAAUAUGUUGCCUUGAGUCUACUUCUAACUGCUUUUAGAAGUGAAAAGCAGACUGCUGAAAUGGAGUUCUGGUUUCUGUGGGGGCCAGAUCUUCAUUUAGUACAAGUUUCGAAACAAUAUCAAAGAUAAUUACUUUUAGAACUCUUCAAUAGCCAUAUUUACAUGCAAGAAAAAUGGCUGCAAAGGCCUAACAUAAUAUUUAUACCUCUGUAAGAUUUACAGCUUUCAUGUUUUAUUCAUGCAACUUACACAGAUGUGCUGGGCUACAUUUCCAAACUUUUGCAUGAGAUAUGUGCUGCUAGAAAUUGGGACACGAGCGCAUGUCUGCGAUCUGGAGAAUUCACACGCAGAUCUGCAUGCAUGUCACAUGUAAACUGGGUUUUUGUUAAUUUAUGCAUAGUUUGGAGGACAUUCUCAAGUUACAUGGCAUUUCAAUAUACUUAAAGAUUACAAAUCUUCAGUUAAAUGGCGCAUUUGGGUAAUUACUAUAAUAUAUUUGUAUAUCAAAAUGAAUUAACUACAUUAUGUAAUCAUAAUGAUAUUUAGUGCUUAAUUUACAGCUUGUAAAUCAAAUUGUAUUUCCUGACUCUCAGAAAGGCUACUGUUGUAUGCUGGUGGCAAAGAAGGAAAAGCAGAAAGCAACUCAAAAAAGAUUAGGCUUCCAGCUGGUUCACAAAGUUAAGACAUGCUAGGCCUGAUUCACUGUUGUUACCUUAUGUUAGAAUAAUUUCAUUAAUUUAAAUGGAUACAAAUAGUGAACUGCAGAAAUUUUUCUUUCUUCUGUUAAAAAAACAAAAACAACAAAACAACAAAUUUAAAUGAAGAAAAAGUUUUCUAAAAGUAAGUAUUCACCAGUGUUCUAUGAUGUCAAGUUGAUAAGCAUGUUUAAAGAGGGGCAGUGCUAGUCUUAUUUUAGCUACAAAUUUUAUCAACAUGGGUAGUCCCACUGACCUCAGACUGAUACAUUCUGCCCCAAUUCCAAAUCUGAGUUUUUAGGACUUUUUUUUUUUUUUUUUUUUUUUUUUUGCAAGGGUGCCCUUAGAGAAAUAAAAUCAUGCCUACCUUAAGCCUUUUAAAAAACCAACAUCACAGAGUAAUUUAAGAUUUGUUUUUUCUUUAUUAUUUCACAGAAUCACAGAAUCACCCGGGUUGGAAGGGACCCCAAGGAUCAUGUAGUUCCAACCCCCCUGCCUAGCAGGGCCACCAAACAUACACAUUCAGAUCAGGUUGCCCAGGACUCCGUCCAACCUGGCCUUAAACACGUCCAAGGACGGGGCAUCCACAACCUCCCUGGGCAGCCCGUUCCAGGGCCUAACCACUCUCCUAGUAAAGAACUUCCCCCUAACAUCCAACCUAAAUCUUCCCUCCUUCAACAUCCUUCAUUUCAUUUCCUAGUAUGCCAGUCAUUGCUUUUAUGGCCAUUAAUGUGACAUCUGUGAAAGGAGGCUGUCACGUUUGAAUUUAUUACUGAAGAGAUAUGAGUCUGUUAUUUGUUAAUAGAGUUUCAAAAUUGCUCAUAACUAGACCAGACCAUAAAUGUGCACUUUUAAAUUCUUGUUUGAAAAUUUAUUCAUUCUUGGUAGUGCGUACACAAAGCUGUACAUUACAUGAACACAACCUGGUUAUACUUCAUGGAAAUUAAUUUCCAAAUUUAUCACGCUACUGAAAAUAUAUUUUCAAAUAAUAUAUAAUAACAAUAUAAAAACAUUUAUUAAUCAGAUCUAUUUUUUAUAUGAAUAAGAAUUUGGGUAACCAGAAAGAAAAGAAGAAGGGAUUUCAAUGAGACCGUUUAUUAAAAACAUUAUAAAUGCAGGAUUUUUGGGGGGUUUAUAUGGUUUGUGCUUUUUGUUUUGGUGGUGCAAUAUGACACAUUUAUAAUAGUUGUUCUGAUCAAAUUUACAUUUAGUCCAUUUUGGAAACAUUUGAUUCGCUCUUGUUAUGUUUCUAACCCUACUCUUCCAUUUUAUUCAGCACAAAGGAAAGUGCUACCAUUACGGCUGUUUAUAUUUUUGUUCAUUCAAAAACAAGAACAAAAAAACUUUUUUCAAAUUGUUUUUUCAAAUGUGAGCUGAAUUCUGUGCAAGCCACAAGUGUAAAUGUGAAAUUCAAGCAACUUUCUUUAUUGCAGGGAAUACUUACUUCAGGUGAAAAUUAUACCAUUUAAUUAACCUGUAUAUCGUAGUGUGCAGUUACUGAUUAAAUUUAACAAAUUCAAGUAAAUCUGGAAAUCUGCUUUUGAAAAUCUGGCCGACAUUGCACGGUGUUUCAUGACUAAAAGUACUCAUUGAAAAUUCAUGAAAUAAAGACUGCAUGAUAUACAAGCCCCCUAAAAAUUGAUUAAAAUGUGGACAUAAGGAAAUAGUUCCAAGCUUGUUAUUUACAAGUGAUAUCCAUGCGCAGGCUUUUCUAACAGGUGUGGUAGUCAUGCAUCUAGAACAAAUCCAUCUGUACUGUUACCACUACCUGGGUACAAGUUAAGUCUUCAGAAGAUAGUUUUAAUGAGGGCCUUUGUCUGCUGGGCAGGAAAACUGGGUUAGCAUCUCUUGGUCAAUAAGUGCACUACCCAGUUGUCCAUCAUAUGUCAACCACUGUGCUUCCUAAGUUGACUGACAAGCAGCUUAGAUAUUCAUUGCAGCCAAGUGGGUCAGUCAUCAGUCUAACAUGGAAACUCAGGCCAUCCCCACCUGAUGGAAACUCAGAACCCCGAGACCUAUUAGGGGGAAAUUUUUUCUCACCUAACUUUGGAGGUGUGCAUUUGAGCUAGUCAUCUUAGGUUCCAUUUAAUUAGUGAAGAGAACAGGGCCCUUGUAGUAUUCACAUAGUGAUAAAUGUCAUCUGACAGAUGUAAUCAUUAACUUUUGGGUGAGAAGAAAUGUGCCAAACCAGCACUUGAGACAAAAUGACUAACUCAGCUUAUAGAAGUAGAGAAGGAAGCAUAGGGGCAUGGAAUGGCUGGGGUUGGAAGGGACCUUAAGGUUCAUAAAGCUCCAACCCACCUGCCGCAGUGGCUGCCAACCUCCAUAUCUAAUACCAGAUCCAGGCAUCUGUUCUUAAUCUUGUGCACUGAUUGUAUCUAGUCAUCGUGCUGAACCUCUGAAAAAGAGAGGACACCAUGUGUAAUGCUGAUGUUGACAUUAAGUGUGUAACAGCAGAAUGUCUGUCCAAUGAAAGCUUAGGUGCGUGCUAUGCUUUAAUACAUCAGCAUCAGGCUAUCUUACAGUUGGAAAUAGUACACUCAGCAAGUAAUUCAAGUAACUUAAUUGCUCUGGACAAAGCAUUCUGUGUCAGAAGAUGGUUUAUUCUGACACAGGAUUCAAACUGUACCACUUAAUUUUUGUAAUUUAAGACUCGCUAUUCGUUUUCCAUUUUUAUACAUACGCUGAACCUAAUUCUGAGCUCCAUGAAGUUCUUUUUCAAUGCAGAUUCACCUUUUAUAGUAACAAAAUAAUAUUAAUGAAAAGAAUUUGGUCUAUUGCAUCUUCUAAGAAAAGUAUUAGAAAUUGAAAUACUUCAUUUAUCAUGGCAUUUGUGCAUGGUUGAAGAGUAUUGUAUUGUGUUAAACAGGUUUCUUUCGGAAUGCCCUUGCUCCCUAACUGUAAUUGAUCUUUCCUGAGCAAAUUGCAAAAAUAUUUUUUUUUCUUUAUUAGUAGUACUAUUUUUUUGAAAGAAUAAGGAAGAGAUCUGUUAAGUUGGGCUAACACCAAGUACUACAGUGAUCUUGAAAUCUCUCAGAGAGACAAAUGAAUCAGUACUGAAAAGGGGGAAAAAAAUCUAAGAAGGUUAGAAUAAGGUGAAAGAAAACUUUCUAUAUCGUGCCAAGGAGUUCUAACAAAAACAAAGGAAAUGGCACAAAAACAGUUCCAUGUAUUUAGAGUCCACAGAUCUCUUCUACCAUCUCAUCUGUGAAUGCUACGGUUGUAUAUAGAUCCUCAGAUUAUGGACUAGGACAUACUGAGUACAUAGUGGAUAUAAAAAAUAUGUGGAUGUGUAUAUAAAGAAUUGUAAAUAUAAUGUAUAUCAUAAUGCCUGAGAUUUUUCAAGCGUACAUAAAUUAAUUAUCUGGCUCUCAAUAAUGGUAAUAGGGUUGAUCUUCUCCACUGGCACUUAAAAUUGUUAACUUCCCAAACUUCCUUGGCUUGUUAUCUGGAAAAUGGAUGACAGCCUCUCUCUUCCUCCCUUCACAGGCAGAAAAAAAAAGAAGAAAAGAAAAAGAAAGAAAGAAAAAAGCUUUCUUAGUUCAAUGUAGUCCAUGCUUAUAAAAAGUUUGAGUACCUCUGUUGAAGUCACCAAAGAUGAACAGUAUAUAAAUGAUUUUCUUUUAAAUAAUCUUUUAUCGACUCUUUUGAGGUGAAAAUAGAGGAAAAAUUCAAGGGAAUGUAAGUAAUGAUUUGCCAGUAUAUACUAUAAAAAGAUAUGUUGAAUUUUAGAAAGGAAAAACAAAAAAAGAUGAAUGUAAGAACAGAAGGCUAAAAAUAAGUAGGUUAAAAUAAAUUUCCAUAUUUUAUAUGUGAAAUAACACCAGUUCACAUCGUGAAUCCUAUUUGUGUGCAAAUUUCUUUGAAUAUUCUACAUCAGUAUUUCCUACUCUCCUUUCACACAGGAGAUUUCACAAGUACAUCUCUCUUCCACAAGGGGUUAACAUAUUGUCUGAUUUUUCAUACCUGUCUAAUUAAACUGAACUUAAUAAGGCUAAGUCGUGGCACUGAAGAUAUGGAAAAGUGUAUUAAUAAGAUCAAUGUCAGAAGCAUUUCAAGCUUUCACCUGUUAUGCUUUGUUCAUGCCCCAAAUUUUCAACUGUGUCUCAGUAUCCAAGAGUACUUGACUAGUUGGUAACUAAACGUGUGUCCCAGAAAUAACGUAUGCAGUGUACCAUGUUCAGAAACACCUGAAUAUGUAAAGAGUUCAGUGCUUGUGUGGCUGAAUUCAGAUAAAGAGGCUGACUAGAAAUUGAACUAUUUACAUGAGCAGGGUUAGGCACAAAAUGCUUGCAAAUCCAAGCCCUUAUAGUAUAUUUGUAAGGAAGAAUGAGAUAACAUAAUUUUGUCCUUUUUACAUUCAGUUCUACAUAUGGUUCCCUUGAGAGUUCACCAUAUUUGUUGUUACUAUGAGAAAACCUCCUGCUUCACACAAGUUUUGGGGAAUAUUCAUCUCUAACAUGGAAGCUGAUUGCAACUUCAUAAAUACUAAUACUUCUCAUUAUUGACAACUCAGUGAAGAACUGCUAAGAAGCACAUAGAUAAGGCAAAACCCUGGGAAUGAUAACUCAAAAUCUCAAAGAAAUCUACCUGUCUGUAUUGUGAACUUUGCGGUGCCUGGAGCCUUGUGUGGAGAGUAACCUUACCGCUAGAAUCUGGAAAAUCAGAUUUGGGGAACGUUUGCAUUAGAAUCCAGUUAUUUAUUUCUGAUUGUGAAAAAUUGCCCAUUGAAUCAAUAAAGGGAAUAUUUUCAUAGUGUCAGCUCAGCAAAAGGCUCUGAGUGUCCCCUAGAGCAGUGACCAAAUAAAUAAAUAAAACUAUUUGCUGGUUUUCCAGGGUCCAGCCAAUGAUAAAGAAAAAAAGUACAGUUGUCAUAAUUCAGGUUAGAACUUCCAGUAGACACAGUUUUAUUUUCUAAACAUAUAACUGAAGGACUAAUUUCUCUUCUUGUUGCAUAUUGGCUUUUUUGAGAAGAGCCUAAAAAAACAGUAUAAGGAGAGCUGUCCAACUAAGUGCUGCUUACGCAUCAAAUUUUCAGUUCCUUCCAGACCGAGUUCUACGUGACAAUGAGAAGCAAAAAAGAAAAAGCAAAGCAAGAACAUCUUUUAUCAGGCUGAAUUCUUUGAUUCAUACAACUUACAUCGCCAUCUCAUUAAGUGCUAUAUAAGAUUAGAUGAAAAAGACAAAAAUUGUAGCCAAUUUUUCAAAUCUAUAGAUUCUUUUAGUUACUAAAUGACAACUUCACAAUUACAUUUUUGUCUUGAGAAGGUUUUGCUCUAGAUUACCUAUUGUUUUCACAUUCUGAUGAAGGAUUUUAAUAUAUAUAUAUUUUUUAUUAAUUCCAGAGACAAUUAGGUAAUUGUGUGAGGAAUUAGUUUCAUUGUUUCAUAGGCACUGUUCUGUAGUGGUUUAGGAGUUUGAUACUGGCUUCAUUGUCAGUAAGAUCAGGCCCUAUCUUAUAGAGACUGUUGUUGGACUCAGCUUUCCUAAUAAAUUCUCCCUUUCUGCAUUUUACUACUGCCACAAUUGAUUUGCUGUUGGAAAACCAACAUUUAUCAGUAUGCAUGCUGUCUUGUCAUUCAAAUGUAUUACUAAAACAUUAUACGAGUUUUAAUUUCUUUCUUCAGAGUUCCAGGUUGAGAUUAGCUUGAUCAUUUGAGGCAUGAGCCAAAAUCACUUAAAUCCGUAAGUAGCUAUCAAUGGACUGUAGUAAGGUUUUGGACCAAGGGUUUCCAAAGAUUUACAUGGAAUGGAUGGCCUACUUUAAUAAGGGGAAAGAGUGCACUGAUCUUAAAAGACAAUGCUGCUACCUCAGGAAUAUGUCAAAAAAGACUAUGGUUACCUUCAGUGUGGUGCAAACAAGAUACAAAACACACUUGCUGUUUUAUCUGGAAUGAGUUACCAUCACUGAGUUUGGAGUAAGUAAAACAAACAUAGUAAUCUAACAGAAUUGUAAUAGAAAUGGUUUUCUUUCUUGGGUAUUUUCCCAAAGUCCUGGAUUUAAAUCCAGGAUAAAACCACCUUCCCCAUCAUCAAAGAAUACAACUUCUAUCUGCAGGAUUUGCCUCUCCUUUCUUCUUUAACAUGCAGCAUUAUACAGUAUGAUCUCCCCUUCAUGAUAGCAGUUCUCGCUGUUUUCCACUUUGAACAAACUCUGUUUCACAUUCCUAGUGCAAUGCAGUGUAAAGGUCUGAUAUUUGCCCGUUAAUUAACGGCACAGCAGUAAAUAAAAUAAAUAAUGCCCUCCUAGUCAUACUAUUUACUGGACUUUUUCAUUAAUUCUAUAUUUCAAGAAAACUAUGCUACUAUAAAAUACCCAACACAUAAACAUAAACAUUUUAAAACUUAUGGGCAUGAUUCUGUAUCAGCCUAUCCCCAAGAAAUAGUUAGGUUUGAAUUGGUCAUAUAUGUUUUUAAUGUCAUAUCUUCUACAGCCAUUUCUUUUUCUGACUUGCCUCCAUGAGGAAGAAAGCUAUUUCAGACAGGAGUGGGAAGAGUUGUUUAUUGGUUAAAUGGUGAAAGAAUUGGACUCAAUCGGUAUUUCAGUAUCUUUUAUUCUUACCUAAGGCCAUGGUUCCGAUGUCAAAAUUCCCUUAUGGUAUCAGUUACAUCAUACAUGGUGCUGCCAUGAUUGAAAACCCAAAGACUAACGAAAGAGGCUUGCUCUUGUUUGGUGCAGUACAACUCCUAUAGACUUCAGUAACAAAAGCAGGUACUCUGCACUCCUCAGGAUUGCUUCUGCAAUUUAACAAGGAAAAAAAAAGGCUUAAAAAAGAUCAUAUGAAACUAUAUUUACUGAAUGGCAAUUGCUUGUUUUCUGGCAAAUCAGACUUCAUUGACCAAGUUAGUGUCAACAGGAGAAGGAAAAAAAAAACAAAAACAGAAACAAAAACAAAAUGAGAAAAAUAUUUGCUUACCUUCCAAAAAUCAGCUUUUAUUUCUCUUGGGACACAAUGUGGUCAGUAUGUCUUCUCAGGAUAGCUUCUAUUUCUCUGUGUUGGUUUUAAACGUAUAUCAAUUAAAGGAGUUUUGAUCUCUUCUGUGAAAUUAGAUUGUACACAACUGAAUAUGACUGCUCUUCAUAGUCCGCUGUUCUAGCAUAGCCAUAAAAUGUAUCAGUGUAUGUGUAUAUAUGAAUAACUAUUUGAUGAUGGACACAUUGUAUAUUUAAGCAGCCAUGUCAAAGUUUUAAAGGUAGAUGGCUUCAAACCUAACAGUAUAAUCAUACUUGCAAAACAUUUUACAGACAAACCAUGGCCUCAGCUCAGAUCUCAUAUCCUUAUCCGUAUCCUCCAGAAACCACUCUUUCUUUCAAGACCCCAGAUCACAGUUGUUUUUCAGCUGCUUUUUUUAUUCUCACGAAGAUAUAUUUGAAUAAUGAUGACUACCUGUAAGUGAAUCUUCACCAUCCAUCUCACAGAAAAGCAACCUUGGCACUGUGCCUCUGAGUUGUAUCUUCAUCAGUCUGAACCUGUGUCGCAUUGCACACAGCAGGCAAGAUCUACUAAUUCUGAGAGACUGAACAUUCCAUAGCUGGUACUGUGACUGCCCCACUGUUCAGAACAACCUUUUUUUUUUCAUGCAGUUUAUCUCCCACACACGCUCCGAGCACAUUUUUUCUUUCUGUCUUUUAGCCAGUUUAUAACAGUGUUGCAGGAAUAGCCAUGAAAUAGAAACCUUAAUAUACUGAUUUUGCAGACCCAAGGGGAAUUCACAUUACAAGUGAAGUUAUUAUUUUCUGAAAAGUGGCGUUACCAUUUUUUAAUUCUAUUCCUAUGAUAAUACGAUGUUCCAUGUAAAUUCUCAUGUGCUGGCAUGCCUACAAGUUAAUAGUGUGAUAGAAUGCUCAGCUCUCAACAUUAGAGUGUUUUUAAGGUGAAUUGCAUUACAUAUACCAUCUCUUUGCAGAAAGAAUAUGGGGUUUGGCAAAGCUACCUGCUGAGCAACAUAAUAAGAUUUUUGUACAAAGUACAAGUUACUGAUUAUUAUUGUAUUUUAUUUUUCUAUGAUUUCCUAAGAGGCAUUAUCAGGUCUUACAGAUGGGGUAAGCCUGUUUAUUAAGAUAUUUAUUAGCAAAUAAAAGUUACAGUACUGGUGGUUAUUUUUGAGUUAAUGGUGUUUGUUUUGCCUUAGGUUAUUAAUAUACUGAUACACAGUGAAGCCUGUCAUAUAUGAUCAUGCAAAAGAAAAAAGGAAAAAAACAGCUGCUUAACACAGGGUGGUGUACUAAUAAAGAUG